AUGUCAAUGAGUCUGUGGGACGAGAACCCGCCGCCUCUUGCUGGGGGCGAUAGCCUCCCCCAGCGCCGGCCCGUCGCCGAACUGCAUAGAGACAACGGUCACUCGGACGGUGAGCGUCGCAAUUAUGCAGCAGCGGCUCCUCCGGGACCGCCCGUCGGCAAGACUCCUCCUCGGCGUAAGAGCCAUGGCUUUGGGGGAAAGCAGAUCACCCGGACCAGGGUGAGCUACUCGUGCCAUACCUGUCGGCGGCGCAAGGUCAAGUGUGAUAAGAGAACUCCGGCUUAUCAUGGUGGAUUACUACUACAGGUCCAUCCGGUCUGUGGGAAUUGCGUUAAGACCGGCACCGAAUGUAUGUAUGACAGCCUGGCGGCCGCUGCCCAACGAAACCGCCCCGAAGACAACCACCAUCGAGUGAAACGCAAAAGAGAUGUAUCGAAACCAGCUGGAAAGGAUGAAGCGGAUCUGUCUACUCCGCAGGAGAGUCUUCGUGAGCUACUCAACUACCAGGCGCGCCUUCGAGAGCAGAAAUCUGGCUCUGACGAGAUCGCCACCCGCCUGGAUCGUCUUACCUCCAUGAUUGAACGGCUUAGCCGUACAGGCGAUGCACACGCUAUCGACAGUAAUACAACUGGAGGUGGAGAUGGCAGCUCGAAUGCAGCUGGAAGGCAAGGGUUUGGUGAUGGUGGCCACAGACGUACCGGUAAUAAAUCGGUCUCGACUUCUGGCUCCGUUUCGCGGCAAUCCAGCCCCAGGCGUAAUUCUGACGAUGCCAGCAACGAAGAUUUCCCGAUCCCAACAGGCUUAUCUACAGAUCUAGUUGACCCUGUCGGCACAUUGAACCUGGGUCACUUGAGUCUGGAGGAUGGGGGCAGGUCUCGAUACGUUGGGACCACCUACUGGGCGUACAUUUCAGACGAGAUCAACGAACUAAACCAACUGCUCCGGAACCAGAAUCGCUCCCAACCUCCAACGGUGCCUCAACCGGCACUCUCUGACGAUGGGAAUGACACCUUGAUAUCCCCAGUCCAGCAGGCAGAUGACUCCGACGCCCAGGUCCAAAAGUGGCUGGCCACCCAUGAUAACAACAUGCAUGAGUCCAUUCUCUAUCCAAAGGGCGGCACGCCUACCUCAAACUUGAAGCCUAUAGUAGCAGAGAUGCUCAAUCACGUACCAACAAGGCAUCAAAGCAACAUCUUGUACAAAGCUUUCAUGUCUGGAGUCCAAGCUAUCAGCCCUGUCCUCCAUCCUCCAAACGUUCUCAGAUCCUAUGAGACAUUCUGGAACUGGUAUACCUUGUACAGACAGCCUGGGGAACCAUACUCUAACCCUUCGUUUAUCCCCCUGCUCUACGCCAUUUGGUACGGUGGCUCGGUGACUGUCUCCCUAAAGACCAUACAUGCCGAAUUCAACAUUGAAUCAAGGUCCGCCUUGACUGAACCUUUUCACGACGAGGUCACGCGAUGGCUAAAGGCUAUUUCGUUCCCUCGAAGCCCGUCACUCAACGGCUUAGCCGCCUUCCUACUUGUCCAAACCAUUCUAUCCAAAGAGGAGGAACCUUUGACCAGUAGCCUCUUCAUCAGUCUCGCCCUUCGCGUGGCCCAAACUAUGGGCUUACACCGGGACCCGGCCCAGUUUGGAAUAUCGCACUGCGAAGCCGAAAUGCGUAGACGGAUGUGGUGGCAUAUCGUACACAUGGACGGCGUAGUUGCCAUGUCGAGCGGCCUUCCACCUCUUGUUAGUGACGAAAAUUAUUGGGAUGUCCGUCUUACUAGCGAAGUAAAAGACACGCUCCUCACUUCUCCAGAAGCAGAAGUAUAUGAACGGAUGGUAGAUGAAGGCUACAGGCGCCCCGAUAAGCCGGAUGAUCCCACCAUCUGUGGAAACUCGAUGGUUAACGUGUACUACAUUUCGGCCAAAGGAAAAUAUAUCAUGGCCCGUGCCAUUCGGAAGAUCUUAAAAAUUCAACUGGGAACCAGACCUGUCACCAGAAAAGAUAUGGAGGACCUGAAAUCGGUCCUUGUCGACCUCCAAUUUAAACUACACGCGCUUGUUGAUCGAAUUGCGAACCCCAAGCAUCCAACGGCCGAUGCCGAUGGAACUCGCUGCAUCAAGCCAGAUCUUCUAAAUGGGGGCCCUGGUUGUGGCGAGCAAUAUCAUACCCCAGUACUAACUGCGUUCCAUAAAUGGGCAAAAAUACUACUCUCAUUGUUCGUACACAAGGCCUUUUGUGUAGCAUAUCAACCAUUCCUGAAGAAUGCAAAAAGCAAAAUUUGGCCAGCUGCAAGGCAAUGUGCAUUACGCCAUUGUCAUGGCUUCAUGGAGAAGUUUAUCCUUCUUGCAACAGAUCCUGAUUUUCAGCCAUUUCAAUGGAGUUGGCCUGGCAACCAUCAACCUAUGCAUGCAACGAUGAUAAUGCUUAUUGACCUUUAUGAACGCCCUACAAGCUCGGAAGCACCCAAGUCCCGUGCCUUCAUUGAUAAGAUCUUCUCCCUAUCUGGACCGGAUGGUGGAGUUGUCGGAGGGGAAGAUGGAGUGACUACUUCAAGACCACUCAAUGAUGGCGGGCGUGAAGCCUGGGAUAUGAUGCGACGGCUUCGCGAGAAGGCAUGGCUAAAGGCCGGACUUGACCCUCAAUUACUAUGGACUGAACAAGCCCAGAUGCAAGCUGGUGUUGCACCUGUGAGAAGCCCGUCUAUAUCGACCACUUCUACCCGGAAUCACGAACGAAGCCUCAAGGACCAGAGUGCCUCUCCCACGACCAACUUUGCAGAUAGCUAUUACGCAAUGAUCAAGAAUUCAUAUGACGAUCACACGCAUGUCCGACAGGCAUCAGUGGAGUUAAGCCGUGCGCGGGACAAGAAAUCUAUCACUUUUACAACACUGCCCCAGCAGCAACAAAUUCCCAGCCCUACGUGCACAGUGCCUAUUGUAGGUAAUAACGCAGCCUCACGGUCGUCUUCCAACGCAUUCCUUUGGCCCUCCCAACCGGUAUACCAAAACCCAGCACCGCCACUCAGUCAAGUUCCGUCUCUUAGUCAAGGCGACACCCGCGGAUACCUUAAUCCCAACUCAGCGAAAUAUGUUGCCCUGGCUGGCGACCGAGCUAAUAUGGCGCCAAUUGGGAUCAAGACGGAAAGCUCUCAGCCAUCUAUGGCCGACAUUCCAGUACAAGCGAUACCACAGCCGCGCUCCCAGCCACCACCACAGCAGCCACAGCCGCAACAACCUCAACCUGGCGCAUUUGAGCCCAAUGUGAACUUUGAUUGGGACCAGUGGGACGCUGUGUUUGGACAAUAUCUUCCAAUUAUUGAUGGGUAUAUGGAUCUAGACAAUAACGAUCAUCAACCCAGCCCUAGUGACCUCUCGCUAUCAUCCGCACUCCAAGUCCCUGAUGGUUGGGCGAAAUCUAUGAUGGUUCGUAUCCUGUUAUCCAACAGAGGACGUCGAAACUCACUGCGGUCGAGCCGAGCGGAUAGUGAAGAUAUGGCUCUGCUCAACAGGAUUAAUACGGCGCCGCUAAAGGGCGAUGCGUUAGACCUCGCUCCAGCAUUUCCGGAUUUCAACAUCCGCUGA